UCAUGCUGCUGCCAGGUCCAGAGUGUGUCAUGGGUCCCUGUACGGCCUCCCAUUGCUGCUGUCUCCAUCGCCACACUCUGCCAUGUGCCACUUUCAGGUCUCCUCACACUGCUGGUGUGUUCCAUUUUGUCAUAGGGUGCUGGCAGAUUACGGGCCUCCCAUUGCUGCUGCCAGGCCUGUAAUCUGCCAUGGGCCCCUGUACCGCCUCCUCAUGCUGCUGCCAGGUCCAGAGUGUGUCAUGGGUCCCUGUACGGCCUCCCAUUGCUGCUGUCUCCAUCGCCACACUCUGCCAUGUGCCACUUUCAGGUCUCCUCACACUGCUGGUGGGUUCCUUUUCUGU